AUGAACCUCAUGUCUUUCCAGCUCGCUCUCCUAGCCACAAUCUUGCUCAUCUCUCCCAUCAUCGCAGACAUCUCUUUUUGUAAAUGCAUGUGUUUCUCAAACUACACCAUCGUCCCACUUUAUCGCCCAAAGGAUAUAGCAAAACCUUGCUUGACUUGUACAAAACAAUUCUGUCUCGAUCAGAAACUCGCCAUCUGUCAGAAUGCUCAACUCGGUAACACAAAUCCUGAUACAGGAACUGGGGAUGAGGGCGAUGUCAGAACAAAGUGCUUUCAAAGGGAUUCUGCAAAAGACGCCACCAUCGUCAUUGGAUUUAUCAUCAUCACCACCGCUCUUCUCUUGGGCGCCUUUCUAAAAGAGUACGCUGCUGGGGCUUACGAGCUUUUGCGCAAACUGCAAAGGACAAACGCCAAUCCUUAUCUCGGCCUCUGA